ACAGCGACGCAGCCCAGACCCGGACCGUCACCUGAUUUGUUGUUCUGCUGGUUGCGGGUGGCUGUGUGUGCUGCGAGGAGCUGUAAAUCCGUUCACGAUGAGUGGCACUAACCUUCCUUGAGUUGAAAUGUGGCGCAUCAUCACCAUCGGACGAGGCUUGCGGAGUGUCCGUCCCAGUCAGUGCUACCCCCAAGACUGUUCCGAUGAAGCCCCCAACUAUCACCACAAUGAUGAGGUUUCAAAAGUAUACGCAGCCACACUCAGGCACUGCUCUGUAGCCUCAUCCUGGAGUCCCCUAACAGUAACAAGAUACAACAAUGUUCUCAGACAAGCUACUUUUGGUGUCACACAGCCAAAAGAUAUCCACAGCAGAUCUCAUGACAAUGUAGAUUCAAGAGCUGAUGGAACUUACAAUAGAGGCUGCCACCAAAGAUGCCCUCCAUGGCACUGGCAUGUCCUUCAAGACAACAAGGUGCUGGAGGAGUGUUGCACAGACGAGCAGGAGAAAGAGAAAGAGAAGCAAAGCCAAGACGAUGGAGGAAACACAUGGCAAUAUCAGGAAUGGAAAGAAAUUCUGCAGGCUUCUCCCACUCUUCAUACAUUAGGAUUGGGUUCAGCUGCAGCCCUCACUCUAUCUUUAUACCGUAACUGGAGUGAGCUCUGUCCCUGCCCAUACCAGGCAAAGGAUCAACAGAAUAGAAAGUCUAAUGGGGCCAAUAAAAAAUAUAAUUUGAAAAAUGAUUUUCCUGAAGAGAAAGGUCAGAAAAAUGAAGAGUUAUUUUGGAGUAACUGCAGGACCUUCAAAAAUUUCUUUAAUGCUGAAGUUCAUUCUCAAGAAAUCUCUUCUGACACUGUUGAUAAAGACUGCAGUGAAGUAACACAGCAAGUGCCUAAUCAUCCAAGUAUUACAGCAGUUUGUAAGCUUGAUGGCAUCAAAUCUGCUGAGAGUGAAGCUCCUAGAUCUACCAUACCUGUGUAUUCCUUACAGGGGAAAGCUCUUGAUCUGGCUAAAACAUUUUUUAACAUACAAGGAGAUGUGGAAAAGAAACACGAGCUGGAAGAAAUAUAUGAGGAUGUUACACUUAAAGAUGAAAGUGAGUUAUUGCUUUGCCUACAAAGUGAAAAAUCUAAUCAGACUGACAGAACUGAUUCAGGAUGUAUGUCUGAUUUACAUAAAGACUUUCAGUCUCAGACUACCUCAAAUUCAGCAAUCUCCAAAGAUGAAUAUAAUGAGAAUAAGGAAAGGAAUGCUAACAGGAGUCUGUCCACUAUUGGCACUGAAAGGUCUGUAUCAAUAGAGCCUGAACUGCAAGUUGAAGUCAGUGAUGCCAUAAAUGAACACACUCAAGGCUCCAGAGCACAUCAAGAGUCUGAAAGCUGUGUUGAUGAUGCUAAACUGAAAACCCUUCAUGACAGGUUGUUUGAGAUUGUAAAAGCAGACCGUGAAGAUCAGUUGCAAGAAGUUUUCAAGAAAGAUGGAAACACCUUGUGGGACACCAAGCCAGAAGAGGCAGUUGUUUAUUUUCAAGCUGGUGUGAUGAUGGGUGACCCAUCCUCAACCUUCAAUUUGGCCCUGUGUUACCACAUGGGCUAUGGCAUUACACAAGAUUUAGAAAAGGCACGAAAAUUAUACGAGGCAGCCGCAGCAGCCAGACAUGGGUGGGCCAUCUACAACUUGGCAGUGAUGUUGAGCCAGGGUCUGGGCGGUCCCUGUGUGCCUCAAAGAGUUCACAGUUUGCUCCAGCAAGCAGCAAAUAUGGGUAUCACAGAGGCAACAAAAGCACUCUCAGCACUGGAAAUGGGAAAACAAGAACAGAGUAUAACAUAUGAAGAACCUCAGUUGCAGAAGUGUUACUCAGUGCCAAGUCUUGGCUCACCUCUCACCAACCAUCAGUCAUAUUCACACUCCACUGAUGACUUACAGUUUCUGCUGGAUGAAGAUGAUUGGACUGGUAGUGAUUUAUCUAUCGAUAUUUGUAAAAAAAAUUAAACAUUUUAUGAAUGUAAAUUACCUUUGCAUUUCAUAAUACGUAAUUUUUAAAUUUUAUGUUUAGUUUGUUAAUCAGGGAAAUGGUCAAGUAUAAUGCAGAUAUUGAAUGCCUUUGCAAAAAUUCCAGGCAUUAUGGAAAUGGAAUUAAGUAUAACAAAACCAUCUUACAUCACUGUCCGUUAUCUUGUGUAAGAUGACCAUAAGGCAUGAUCUCUUAACCGUUUCAGUAAAGGCUUACUCUAAAUUCACUAUUUACAGUUUGUUGCAAUGUACUAUCCCUUAAUUGUGAAUUAUUUUUAGCUCCUUCAGAAAUAGUUAUCUGAAGUUGUGCUCAUAGUAAUAUUCCGUUCCAGGAAUAUAACCCCCAAUGAUGGGAUAGGAUAAGUAAUGAGGUGUACAAACACCAUAAGAAAUGAGGUGUACAAAUACCCAUAAGUAAUGAGGUGUACAAACACCAUAAGAAAUGAGGUGUACAAACACUAUAAGUAAUGAGGUGUACAAACACUAUAAGUAAUGAGGUGUACAAACACCCACAACCUGAAAAUAUUGUUGAUGUAUCAUGUAUGGAAAGUCGUAACAUUGUGAUUCUCAAAACUUAAAAUCUAAGUAUUAUGUAGCUGUUUCUCUAAUUAUGCUACAUACUGUUGGUGUUGUAAAUAUUUAAUUUUCUAUUUGUAUAUAGCUCAUAGACACACAGGAAUAAUAAGUUGCAUUACAAAUGCCCAAUAGCAGUGUACAUAUGUAUUUUUUCCCAUGAGUAACAUGAAAGGCCAAGUGCUUAUCAAAGCAUAUGUUUAUGUUAAAUGAUUUAUCAAUACUAGUCAUUUUUUUAUACUAAAAUAAUGAAUGCAUGAAAACUAUGCUUUCUUCAUACCAUUGCCAUAAAAAUCUAGUUGAGAGAAUUAUACUUUGGUUUAAUAGUGAUUAUGAAUAGUGGGAUGACUUUUCAUGGACAACAGCUCUUGUGAAAUAAAAAUGUUCAAACUUA